CCCCUUUCUCCGCCACUAUGGCCACCGCGUCGGCUACCCCCACCAUUUUCGAAGACCGCAGCGAGACCGGUAGCGUCAAUGAACAAUUUCAGCAUCAAUUUUUCCCAGGGCUGGAAGAGCGAAAGAAGGAUCCAUACCUCGUGGAAUUUGAUCCGGAUGAUCCCCUCAAUCCUCAUAAUUGGUCUCGUGUGUAUAGAUGGUACCUUACAGGACUUGGCGGUAUACUGGUCCUAAAUGCAACCUUUGCUUCGUCCGCACCUUCUGGGAUAGCCCGGCAGCUAAUGCAACAGUUUGGGUUUUCCAUGGAGGUGGCUGUCCUAACCAUUGCCCUCUUCGUCGGUGGAUACUGUGUUGGGCCCCUACUUUGGGGACCCCUUUCGGAGCAGUAUGGCCGCAGACCGGUUUUUAUUAUAACCUUCUUCGUUUACACCUGCUUUCAAAUAGGCUGUGCACUGUCCCAAAAUACGGCUAGUAUCAUCAUCUUCCGACUAUUGGGAGGGACGUUUGCGGCUGCUCCAUUAACAAAUAGCGGAGCUUUGAUUUCUGAUAUGUGGGAUGCAGGUACCCGAGGCAAAGCUCUUGCUCUAUUCACUCUUGCUCCCUUCGCCGGCCCCUCUCUUGGCCCAGUUGUCAGCGGAUACUUAACGACGGCGGGAGUAUCCUGGCGUUGGCUCUUCUGGAUCUUGACGAUGUUCGCUGGUGUAUGCUUUAUCCUUAUUGCAUUUACCCUUCCCGAAACUUAUGCACCCGUAAUUAUGGCGUCAAAAGCAAAGGCUAUGCGUCUAAGGACAGGUGAUGACAACUACUACGCUCCUAUAGAAAAGGAAGAAAAGGAGCACUGGCUGAAGCGAAUCGAACACACUGUUGCUCGACCGUUCAAAAUAUUAUUCCAGGAGCCCAUGCUCAUUGCAAUCACGGUUUACAUGAGUUUCGUCUACGGAUGCAUUUAUUUACUCUUUGAGGCGUAUCCUAUAGUCUUCGAAGAGGGACAUGGAUUUUCACCUGGAGCCACAGGUUUAACGUUCAUCCCCGUGUUCCUUGGCGGCGUUACUGGAGUCAUUGUCUACCUCUUGAUAUUCAACCCUCAGUACGAGCGUCUAAUCGAAGAGUACAAACCGAAUAUGGUGCCACCUGAGAAGCGGAUGAAUAUCGCUGUAAUUGCAGCUCCGAUCUUCGCAGUCUCAUUCUUCUGGUUUGGAUGGACCUCGUACCCGUCAAUUUCAUUUUGGGCCCCUAUGCUGGCUGGCCUGGCCAUGGGUUUCUCUGUCGUAUUCAUCUUCUUGGCGUUAUUUAACUACAUGAUUGAUGCCUAUUUGUUCGUCGCUGCCUCCGCCCUAGCAGCGAAUACCGUCGUUCGAAGUUCCUUUGGUGCAGCUUUCCCACUUUUCGCGACCCAAAUGUAUAACGCAUUGAAUCCACGAUGGGCAAGCACGCUAGUUGGGCUUGUCGCCGUGGUAAUGAUACCGAUUCCCGUUAUUCUUAGAAGAUACGGAGCUAAACUCCGCAAACACUCAAAGCAUGCACCCAAAGUUGCUACAACGAAACCAAAGAUUGAAGAACCCGAAGUAUAAUUACGAUAUACAUGACCAACUUCAUUAUUUCUAUUGUACAUCUUCGUAUUCUCAUAUAAAACAGCCCCUUGCACCUCUACAAAGAUUUUUGUUUUCGAUAGAGGCACAGAUGGACCAUGACUUCUUUCUUUCUUGACUUCUUGUUUUCAUUCUCACUUCUGUUACUCUAUAUUCAUUGUUGUUUUGAUCAUACUUACUUCUGGAUUACCUUCACAAUUCAUUACACCUGUACACCUGGGUUACAUAUGUUUAAUAAUUCACAUGUACAAACUCAAC